GUACGGGCAUCACAAAAAGAUUCUUCGUUCCAUUUUUAAAGAUAAUCUAUUUAAAAACACUUUUACAGAAACGCCCUCAAGAUUCCACAUAAUUACAGCGGCUGCGGUUCACCGCGUCCUUCAUCUUCUUCCCACAAUCCCUUUCUUUCGUUCUUCUAUAUAAUAUUCUCGUAGCUUCUCUGUUUAUCUUAUUGUUUUUUUUUCUCUCACUCUCGAUGGUUCAGACAGAUACAGAUAAGAUGGGUCUUAAUUUGAAUCUGUGUAUGUACUCUUUGGCUAAACCCCUGUCUCAAUUCCUGGAUGAAGUGUCGAGGAUCAAAGAUAAGGACUCGAAGUUGUCUGAAAUCGAUGGGUAUGUCGGGAAAUUAGAGGAAGAGAGGAAAAAGAUCGAUGUUUUCAAACGGGAGCUACCUCUAUGCAUGCUCCUAUUGAACGAAGCGAUUGAAGCGUUGAAAGAAGAGGCUAGAAAAGGGUCAUCAGUGAUGGCAUCAAAUGGUAAAUUCGAUGUGGGUGAAGGGGCAAAAGUGGAAAGUGAUAAUAAGAAGAACUGGAUGAGCUCUGCCCAGUUAUGGAUCUCAAAUCCUAACUCUCAAUUGCAAUCGACAAACGAAGACGAAGAAGAAGAAGAUCGGUGUGUGACUCAGACCUGUAAUUACCCUAAUCAGGGAGGGGCAUUUAUGCCAUUUAACCUUCCUCCACCACCACCGCCACCUCCUCUGACUCUCAGGACUCCACCACCAUCAGAGAUACUGAUGGACUAUAGGAGAAUUGAUCAGAAUCAUCAUCAGUUCAGCAAACCUAUACAGAGCCAUCACAUUCAGAAGAAAGAGCAGAGAAGGAGAUGGUCACAGGAUCUUCACUGUAAAUUUGUGGAUGCUCUUCACAGCCUUGGAGGGUCACAAGUGGCAACACCAAAGCAGAUUAGAGAUAUGAUGAAAGUUGAUGGUUUAACCAAUGAUGAAGUCAAGAGCCAUUUACAAGUACAAAAGCUCUCUCUCUCUCUUUUUAUUUUACAAACUUAGAACUUUGAUGUGUGAAUGAAUGACUUGACAGUUUUUGAAAUGAUAUUCUUUUGCAGAAGUAUAGGAUGCAUAUCCGUAAGCAACCACAGAAUUUGCCAUCCUUGGAGCAGCCUGUUUUGUUAGAUAAAGAAACACAAAGCUUAAUAAGUUUGACGAGGUCGGAUUCACCACAAAGCCCGCUUGUUGAUAGAGGUUUGUUCAGUAAUAAUGGUGGGCACAGCUCAGAGGAGGCAGAGGAUGAAGAGAAAUCUGAUGGACGUAGCUGGAAAAGUGAGUCAAAUAAGAGGAGACAAGGGUUGUUGGAUCUUGAGCUUUGAAGACCAAUCAUAAUACAUAUGCAUAGAUAAAGUUACCAACUUAUGUUGUUAUAUGCUCAAAAAAACUUGAAAGUUUGCUCCGGAGUUUUUGUAGAUGUAAAAGAUAAGAGGGAGAAUAUAGAUAGAAGAGAGAAGAGAUCAAACUCCUCAGGUUUGUGUUAGUUUUUUUUUUUUUGUGUUACUUCAUAAGAAAGUGAGACUGAUAAACCGAAGAUUUUGUUCUUUUUAUUGUCUGAAUGUAAAAGUCCUUUUGUUGUUUUUACCAACUUAUGGUUCUGUUUUUUUCUUGAACUCUCUGUUUGCUACUAGUUACCUUCAAAAACAGAGGAAGAAGGUAUAUAACGGUAUAUAAAACUACAACCUUGUCGGUGUGUAAAGACAUGGUUUUCUUCAAUCUACCUAAUAUG